AUGUCCGACAACUGGCUGAAUUCAGGGAUGUCUAGGCUCAAGUACAGAGAUGGAUACCCUAAAAAUGAAAUUCAAUAUAGGUGGAAAAGACCUUCUGUAGAAGUAGCUGAUCCUAAAUACUGGAGAUUAUAUCAGUUUGCAUUUGUAGGUUUACGUAACUCAACUGAAAUCUCUCACACAAUCUCUGGAGACUAUGUUAUUAUGACAAUAUUUUUUGACCUGAGCAGACGAAUGGGAUAUUUUACCAUUCAGACUUAUAUUCCAUGUAUUCUGACAGUUGUUCUUUCAUGGGUAUCAUUUUGGAUCAAUAAAGAUGCAGUGCCUGCAAGAACAUCACUUGGUAUUACUACAGUUCUGACUAUGACAACUCUGAGUACCAUAGCUAGGAAGUCCUUACCCAAGGUCUCUUAUGUGACAGCGAUGGAUCUUUUUGUUUCUGUUUGUUUCAUUUUUGUUUUUGCAGCCUUGAUGGAAUAUGGCGCCUUGCAUUACUUUACCAGCAACAAAAAAGGAAAUAUGCUCAAAGACAGGAAACUAAAAUCCAAGGCCUCGGUGACCCCAGGACUCCAUCCUGGAUCCACUCUGAUUCCAAUGAAUAGCAUUUCUAUGCCACAAGAAGAUGAGUACGGAUACCAGUGUUUGGAGGGCAAAGAUUGCGCCAGCUUCUUCUGUUGCUUUGAGGACUGUAGAACAGGGUCUUGGAGGGAAGGAAGGCUCCACAUUCGCAUUGCCAAAGUUGAUUCCUAUUCAAGAAUAUUUUUCCCAACAGCCUUUGCCCUGUUUAAUUUGGUUUAUUGGGUUGGCUAUCUUUAUCUAUAAUUUCUACUUGUUUGGCAAAAGCUAUAAAAAUUCCGAUUAAAUUUAGUGUAACCAACUAAACUUCAGUGAUAUGAAGAUUAAAUUUAAAAUGCAUUAAAACUGGUGGGUAAAACGUGAAUAACACUGUACUAUUUUAAGGUUUUCCUAGGUAAAGAAAGUAGCAGAAUUUGGACUGAUUUACUUAAAUUUACAUAAAACAGAUUCCGUACACUCUCAUCUAUUUUACUUCUCUUCACUUCCCUAAUUUCCAAGAGAGUUAAUUUAUAAUUCUGUUGAAUAUACUUUAAUAUAUAUUUUAUUUAAUUAUAAUCUCAUUUAUCACAGUAGUCUAUUAUUUGUCUAGUAAUUUUGCCUGGA